CUGGACCCGCAGCCAUCCUUUCACUCCUUCUCUCCUCCUGUAGGUGGUCCUCCCCUCUCCAUCUGAACUCCUCCUGGGGGAGGAUGGCCUGGCCGUGCAUCAGCAGGGUCUGCUGCCUGGCUCGCUUCUGGAACCAGUUCGACAAGUCGGACCUGUCGGUCCCGCUCACCAUCCAGAACUACUCGGACAUCUCGGAGCAGGAGGUGCGCUCCGUCACCAAGCAGCUCACGGACUCGGAGUCCCGCACCAGGGCCCCCCCGCAGCGCGCGCCCGCAGCGGAGGGGGCGCGGGGGUCGUUCAGGGCGCGGAGGGACAGACCCCGGGAGGACUACCAGCCCUUCCCCAGCGUGACCCAGUACAAGCAGGACUACAGACCCUGGCCCAUUCCCAGGAAAGAGAACUUCCCCUGGAUUAAUAACGAUGGGAGCAGCCCCGGGGGGGACAGAGAUCAGAGGAGGUGCGGGGAGCAGCAGGGCAUGGAGGAGAGCAAAACCAGCUCCUACAGGGAAGAGUACCGGCCGUGGACGGGGGUGAAACCAGCCAAAAGUGUGAGGAAACCCCCACCAGCCCAGUACUCCAGCCCAGGGACCGAGCCCACCCACGCCCCACCUGAGACCAGCUACCAGGCUGCCUACAGUGGGGAGGUCAGCAGGUCCACGGGCCUGCAUCAGGUGGAGCACACCCUCCCAUCCACUGCCCCCAACGCACAGCCUCCCCCUGCCACCCAGCACCCCCCCACUGGUCCACAGGUCAGCAGCUCAGCCUCCAGCCUCCAGCAGGGCGUCCUGCCUGAGAGGUCGGAGGACGGUGGGACCACCAGGAGAGAGGAGCACCUGGUGAAGACCAAGAUCAGCCGCUGCCUGAAACCCGGAGGCCGUUUCGUCUCCAUCACCUUCGCCCAGCCCUUCUUCAGGAAACGCCUGUACGCUCGCAGCGUGUACAACUGGUCGAUCAAACAGCACAGCUACGGAGAAGGCUUCCAGUACUUCCUGUUUGUGAUGACCAAAGGAGAGGAGCUGAGCCCAGAAGAUGCAGUUCUGGAAAAUAAGCUACUGGAGGAACCCAAACCCUCUUCUGCCAUUGCUGCCACCACACAAAAUGAAGAUCAGGAGGACUUCCUGUCUAAUAUUGGCUUAUAA